GUAUCAAAUUAAGGUAGAAAAAAAAAAUGCACAAGCACAAGGCACGUAGAGGAACCGAGAGUUUUGUUGUUAUACAAAUAAGAGGUAGUAGUACUGAAGAAGAAGAGAAAGAAUUAGAAGAACAAGGCAUUGAACAAAAACAAAUCCCUCAACCUCAUCCAAAGUUGAACCUCUCUGCCAUGAAGCUCUUCCAACGCUUCCGCAAGAUCUUGAUGCGCUUCGUGUUCUCUGUGCCUUCUCGUCGCUCCUCGGAUUCAAGGCACAAAGUUUCUGACAGGUUUGAACCGCCGAAGACGUCAUGCAGUUCCUACUAUUCCUCUUACUCUCAUUACAAUGAGGCCAUUGCGGAUUGCAUCGAGUUUUUCAAUAAGUCAGCACAAGAUGGCGUUUUGGAUGGUCGAAAAUCUGAUGUUGUCUGAACCUAUACCUUUCGUUAAUUAGUGUCCUCUCUCAUAUGUGCCUCGUUAUACUUAUUAUAUUGUUUUCCUCAUGUAUA